GUCAUUGUAUAACGCAAGUUUUGGAAGAUUUUUAUAAAUUUUUGUUUCCUUCAACGAAUAUAAUUAAGAACAAGUAUAAAUUUUAAUAAUAUUUCUGUUAUCACAUAUCGAUUUUUGUCACGAAAAGUUAUCCGCCCGUUUAAGAAGCUACUGUUUGUGAAAAAAUGUCUACAAGACAAGAAAGAUUCCACUCACCAACUAGGCAGUAUAUGGCGCCAGCUCAAACUCAAAUAGACAAUGUUAUUCAUGGCACUCCGCAGUACCACAAUUCCAAUCAACAGUAUUAUCCUCCCCAAUACAACCAUCAACUCGACUUAUCAUACGACAAAACAUAUUACAACGUUCCGAAUGUACCACAAAAUAGAUUUGUAAUGCCGGAUCAAUCCGUUCCUCAGUACCCUAAUCCAAACGAAUCAUAUUAUCCCCAUCAUUCAAGUAUGAAAAUGGAAUGCGGAUCGCAAUCCUGUAGAACCAAUAACUGUUUAAUGCAAAAUAAUCAGCCACAACAACAACCGAACCUGCAACAAGCGCAACCACAACCACAAUAUCAAGAUUACAACUGGUACCAAACUAGAAAUAGUCCAGCUGGGUACCAAUACGUCAAUCCCAUUCAAAUGCAAAAUAACAAUGCUUCUAAUAUGUGGCACUCGCAACAGAAUCAAACGAGUUUACAUCAAAAAGGCGACAUUACUAAUGCUGUAAUUGAUAACAAGAGAAACGUGAUUUUCAACAACAAUCCAACAUCCAAUAGAAUACAAGAAAAUAUAAAAAGUAACACAGACGCCAUGGCUGAAGUUCCAGACAUGUUAAACAAAGGAUCUAUUGGGAAAAAAUUGGUUGCUCCCUUGCUGCAAAUUCGCAGAGAAAGAUCUAUUUCCCCGAAACCGAAAAAAAGAUUUCCCACAACAAUCGAUAGAAUGAAUUAGGCUUUACAUAAGAGGCUGUGUUUAUAUCAUUUUACAGAAUUUGCCAAUUUUAUUAGAACCUUACGUUUUGAAGUUAUAGUUCUUUUUUAAAACCAUGUCUGUUAAUAAAUUAUUUUAUUCUAUUGACGUA